GUUAUAUCGGAUAUGGUCGAUAUAGUCGAAACGGCAGAUUCGGCAGAAACGACCCAAGCCACCGUGGUGUCGACCUGCACUUCUACAACACUCCAACCCUACCACCAAAAAAUUCUUCUACUGCUUGAUAAUGCUGCCUCUCACUUUGAUCCAAAUGAAGAAUAUACUGAUCAAGAUAAAGCUGGUUCUGGUUCUGAAAAUGAAGAUGUUGAAUUGAGUAAUAGUAUUGAUGAAGAAAUUAUCAAUGCUACUGAAUUUCAAGAUGAAGCAAAUUUACUUGAAAAUAACGAUCUUGAUACUCUUCUGGAUGGGUUUUCUAGAGAGGAUGAUUAUUCCACUGCUCUUACUUCUGCGGUAGUUGAUUUUUUUAAUGAUGUUGACCAAACUAUUGCAACGGAGGAAGCAUUAACGGAUCAGCAAAUUAUUACCCUCGUUCAAAAUGAAGAUAACAUUAUUGAAGAUGAUCAAGAAGACUCUGAUAAAGAACCAUCUGAAAUAUCUACACAAGAGGCAUAUAAUGCCUUAAAAACUUGGUUAUCUUUUUUUGAACAACAAGAAUCUUCUGACUUUGAUAUGAAAGAUAUAAAAAUAUUAAACAAAUAUAGUAAAAUUAUGAGUAGAAUUUUAUCAGAUUCGAAAAAACAAAGUUCUAUUAUUGAUUAUUUUCAAAAAAUUUAA